UCCUAGGUUCCUUUGACAAACUGCGGCUUACGGAGUUGAAUGUGGCUUGGGAUUAAAUAGGCGAAACCCUUUAUAUAAAACGUUCCAAAAAAUGGUAGACCAUUGGCGAUCAAAGAGGCGUCGUUGGCUCGACUAUGUUCAACGAAUGAACGCAAAUGCUCCAGCCCUAAGCGGGAACGACGGAGGUAGCUAUGGAAAGGCCAGGUGGAGAAAGACUUGGCUUCACUAGGCAUUUCCAAUUGGCGUCAUUUCAUUGGCUUUAUUCCACUCGGCCAAAAUAGCUUAGGCGGUUGCAAGUCAAUUAAAAUAUAUGUUCGCAGCAAGACUUCAUUUUAAUAACUAAACUAAUAAUUAACACCUUGACACUCUGUCAGCGCAUACAAAGAUUGACAGUCGCCUCGACUUCUACAAAAGCACUCAAAAGCGCACUACGCAUGGCGAAUACUCAAACGUUAUCUUAUCAGCGUCAUUAAUGCGCUAGCUUUUGCUGUCUAUUGAGUCGACUGACAAGCGACUUUACAAGCGAGUGAGAAAGUCUAGUCUGGCCACUGGUAACGCGUCACUGAGUUUUCAUUUCAGUCGCGGUUGUUAAGUCAAGACGAGUGGAAGUUCACUACGGUUAAGGGACAAUAUUUCUAACACAAAACUGCUACCGAUCUAAGCAGCUGUGGCACAUUCGUGAGAGAAAAAAAUCGUGUAAAACGCUGACAGUUAUGGGUGAGCGUGAAGCGCGCUUUCGACAUCGCCACUAUUGCAACCUGCUGCUGCUCGGCAUGCUAUUCUUCGACAUUAUUUCCGGUAUCGUGAUCGAGACAGAUGCCCUUACCAAUGCAGUCAAGAGGCUUCCUUUCAAAAAUCAAGAUGAAUUGCAUGUAACUUCAAUGAACUCCUCCGUAACGAAUGGAUCGCCACGUUCGUUGCGUCUGCCCAACACCACAUAUCCCCUACAUUAUUACCUACAUAUUGCAUCACAUAUACACCGCGAGCAGUUCGAAUAUGCGGGCAAUGUCACUAUUGACAUUGCAAUACGCGAAUCAACCAAUGAGAUUGUGUUGCACGCAAAGAAUCUCACCGAUUUCUCGAUAUCGAUGCGUGAGUCGUACACUCACGAAAAAUUAGAUGAUCUCACAUACACAUAUGACCAGCAAGCAUGCUUUCUGAUCAUACACCCGAUCGAAAACUAUCAAGCCUUUGAAGCGGGUCAACGCUACCACUUGGAAAUAUUGUUUAAGGGUCAAAUGCAUGAGGACACUUUCGGAAUUUACUGGAUGACCUACAGCGAUGAGAAAAAUAGCACAGUCUAUGUGACAGCUACGCAAUUUGAGCCGACCAGCGCCCGCCUGGCCUUUCCUUGCUACGAUGAGCCAUCAUUUAAAGCAAACUUCACUAUCAGCCUUACGCACAGCAACUAUUACACAGCCAUCUCGAAUAUGAUGGUACGUCAAAUUGAACCGAGCAUUGACGUAAAUGCUGCACUCGGUGACAAUGAUGCAUCAAUGGUGACAACCACAUUCCACACCACCCCCGCCAUUUCUACUUACCUGGUCGCUUUUGUUAUCUCCGAUUUUGUCUACAUUUCGGAGGAAUAUCGCGGUGUCAUGCAACGUAUUUUCACCUCACCCCGCAUCGCUGAUAAGGGACGGAAAGCAUUGAAGAAUGCUGUGCGCACGGUGGCCAUGUUUGAGGACUACUUUGGCAUCGAUUAUCCGUUGGCGAAAUUGGAUCACAUAGCAUUGAAAAAAAAUUUCGGCUCUGCAAUGGAAAACUGGGGUUUAAUUACCUACAAAGAGGACAAUCUGGUGCAGCAGGAUGGUGCGGAUUUACACAAGAAACUGAAGGACAUACUGACGCAAAAUCAUGAAAUCGCUCAUCAAUGGUUCGGUAACUUGGUGUCACCACAGUGGUGGACAUACGCUUGGUUGAAUGAAGGGUUUGCCACCUAUUUUAGUUAUGUAAUAACAGAUUUGCUUUAUCCAGAAUAUAAAACUAUGGAUUUCUUUUUGACUGAUAUUGCUGAGCGCGCCUAUAGUUACAAUUAUAUGACCGUGCGACCUAUGACUUACUAUGUGGAGAAAGAGUCGGAAGUUUUAUCUGUAUUCGAUAUCAUAUCCUACCAAAGAGCUGCCUGUGUUAUUAAAAUGUUUCAUCACGCUUUCACUCAGAAGACCUUCGUACGUGGCAUCAGCCAGUAUUUGCGCAAAUAG